GAAGCAGCAGCUCUGCUUCUGUUCACAUUUCAACUGAUUCCAUGACUUUAACUGCAGCUGAUCAGCUGGAAAACACACAUUUGGUUCCAGUCAACAUGUUUCUUCUUCUGACUGUUUUCUUCCUCCCAGCUGUUUUGGUUCAUUGUGCCGGUGACAAAGCUGGUCUCUUCAUCACUGCACCGAGGAGUCUGGAAGCAGUGAAUGGAUCCUGUUUGAUUAUCCCCUGUAGCUUCACACCUGCUUCAAGGAAAGAGAGACAGUUUGACAACAGAAGACAAAUAGUUGCUGUGUGGAUUAAAGAUGAUUGGCUUUUUCAGGGUCAUCCAGAGAGAAUAGUUUUUAACAGCAGUGAUGCAGUUAACUACCGUUAUAUCAGCAUCAUUGGAGACCUGAGAGAAAGAGACUGCACCACCAAGUUUAAUAUUGUCAAACUUGAAAAAACCACAAAGUUCUUCUUCAGAAUUGAGAAUGAAUCAUUCAAGGCAACAGCUGCUUUAAAUCCUGUUGAAAUUAAACUGAAAGGUUCUCCUCCGAGGCCCAGAUUAGAAGUCUCAGCUGAUCUGAAGGACCUGAAGGAGAAGGAGUCUGUCACUGUAACCUGCUCAUCUCUCACUCCCUGUUCACACUCCCCUCCUCAACUCACCUGGAGCCUCCAACAAGACGCUCACAGCCAAACUGAGGAAAACACAGAUGGAACCUUCAGCACUCAGAUCCAGAAGACCCUCACUCUGUCAGACACACAUGAUGGAUUCAGCCUCAGCUGCUCUGCUGUGUAUCCUGUUGCUGGAGGAGAACCUGUGAAAACACCUGAGACAGAGUUAACUCUCAGGGUUUCAUAUUCUCCUAAAGACACGACAGUGUCCAUCAGUCCAUCAGGGAGCUGGGUGACCCUGACCUGCUCCAGCAGAGCCAAACCUGCCGUGAGCAGCUUCACCUGGUUCAAGAACAGUGACCAUGGACCCAUCAAAGUGUCUGAAGGAGACUUUUACACCUUUAAUGUGGCCAACAUAACAGAUCCAGCAAGUUUUUACUGUGUGGCUGAAAAUUCUCUUGGUAAUCAGACGUCAUUGUGGAUUCAUGUGAACAAAGCAGACACGACAGUCUCCAUCAGUCCAUCAGGGAGCUGGGUGACCCUGACCUGCUCCAGCAGAGCCAAACCUGCCGUCAGCAGCUUCUCCUGGUUCAAGAACAGUGACCAUGGACCCAUCAAAGUGUCUGAAGGAGACUUUUACACCUUUAAUGUGGCCAACAUAACAGAUCCAGCAAGUUUUUACUGCGUGGAUGAAAAUGCUCUUGAUGAACUGAGGAUUGAACUCGUCCUCAAAACACUGAUGAUCCUUCAGGUUGUAUCUCUCUACUGUACAAUCAUCAUCUUUGAGUGCUGGUUCAAAUGGAGACAUUGCCGCAAACAAGUGAAGGACUCACCAGAAGCAGACUACGUGAACACAGUGAAUGAAAGUCCAGCAUAAUGGGCCACAAGGAGAAAACCAAGAUGUUAAAGCCAUCAUCAGUGACCUGCUUUAUUAAUUCCGAUCAUCUUUUCCUGCAUGUUUGUCAUUUUUGUCAUGAAAUCUGUUGUUUUGGUGGGUCUCAGCAUGAAGCAGGCCUGUAUAUAAAAAGUGGUGCAGCUCUGUAGAGGAUUAACACAUUUAUAUUCAUGUAGAGUCUUAAACAGAGCUGAUGUCUGUUUCCAUUCUGAAGAUAAACCAGCAUGCAUUGAAGCUUCAUAUUUUCUGUGUACAUUUAAACAAGUUUUAUCUCAAUUGAUUGUUGCUUUUUUCCCUAUUUUCUCCUGGUUUCAUUUGCUUUGUAUCUAUUGUAGUAGUCAUUUCAGUAAUGACAAUAGAAAACUUGAUUCAUUUUCUU